AUGGAAGUUACGGUGAAACGCAAAUAUACCAUUCGAAAGCUAAAAGAGCACCUCCUGGGAUUGACGGAAAUCCCUUUGGACACUCAAUAUUUAAUUUUCGGCAUAAAACACCUGGAUGACGAAAAGACGUUAGAUGACUACGCGCUAAGGGAUGGGUACACAAUUUACUUGACUCCCAGCUAUGUUGAAGUUCCCGAAAUGCCGAACCUUUAG